AUGAGACGGGUUGAAGCCGCCUACCUGGAUUUCGGGAAGUGCUCUGCCGAGGAAAGCGCUGCAACGUCGGAUCUGGCGACGGAGGUAUUGCAUUAUACACCCCGCGCCCCGGACGACGAUUCUCACGUGGUUUUGCAGGCAGCCCAUCUCCUCUGUGUGGAUAAAUUCCUCAGGCUUGUGACGAAGGAGGCGGCCGAUGCGGUGCUCCUCGACUGGAAGGAGCAGGACAAGGAACGGCUGAGGAACGGGAAGUACGCGACGUGCCCGGCAUCGACCAUCGACGCGCUCACAUCCGCUGAACAUGAUGUGCCCGCGCUGCCCAAAUGGUUCCAGAUGGCAAUGCGGGAUGCCGAACGUAACGCCCGGGAGCAGUACGAGGAUGCCACCGUCAAGGACCUGGCCAAGUUGGUCAAGAGGACGCUGCGGGCGCGCGUCGACGACGCGAAAGAACGAUGGCAAGAGGCCCGGAAAGAGACGUUGGCCUCAUACGAGCGCUACGAGGAAGUGGCCUCGGCGGCUAUGGCGCAGACGUUAGGGCAGGUGGAGACAAAGGAGCAGCUCGUCAGAGAUUUCGAAAGGGCUAAUUAUGGGAAAAAGCCCAGGACGGUUCCCCGCCUGGCGCAGGUGCCUUCGGCACUCGAUUUCGAGCCGUAUUACAAGAGGCGGGACUUUGACUUCGGACCGUACUACAGGAUGCCCGACGACGCCGACACUGAAAUCAGCACAUCUGAGGUCGAGGAGUCCCUGCACCGGACGAUGUGUGCCUGUGACCAAAUGGUGGCCGCCGCCCUGUUGUUGACCGCCCCACCAGCUGCCUCCAAUGAAGAAGCCCUCUCGGCUGAGCCGACCGCCGCGAAAAUUAGCCUCAACGUCGGAACUAUCUCCACCAUCACCAACAAGUCCGACGAGUCGAACAAGUCGACCUCCUCGAAGAAGAUGGACAAGGAAUCCCCCCACAACGGCAACAAGUCCAACAAGUCGACUUCCUCGAAGAAGACGGACAAAAAAUCACCCAUCAAGUCGACCUCCUCGAAGAAGAAGGACAAGGUGCUCGGCCCCGAGUCGUUGAUCGCCGGCGCGACAAGUUGGGGCAUCGUGGACCCCGGAGUUAUGGGCGGAAGGGAUGCUGAAGGAGAGGCCGGCCGACCGGAUGCUGACUGCGUCGCCGAACCACCCGCUCGCGCCGAAGUUCCGCCCUCGCCACCCGCUGCCUCCAAUGAAGAAGCCCUCUCGGCUGAGCCGGCCGCCGCAAAAAGUAGCCUCAACGUCGGCACUAUCCCCACCAUCUUCAACACCUGCAAGUCCGACAAGUCCACGGCCACGAAGAAGAAGGACAACAAAUCGCCCAUCAAGUCGACCUCCUCGAAGAACGCGGACAAGGAAUCCCCCCACAACACCAGCAAGUCCAACAAGUCGACCUCAUCGAAGAAGAAGAAGGACAAAGAAUCACGCGUCAAGUCGAUCUCCUCGAAGAAGACGAACAAAAAGUCGAUGAAGUCCGACGAGUCGAAGAAGACGGACAAAGGACAACCCAACAAGGCGAAUAAUUCGGUCUCGUCGAUGAAGAUUGGUGAGAAGAUGGGCAGCAAGUCAUACAAGUCAUCCGAAUCUACUCAGAACCGAAAAUGCACCGACAAGCCCGACCAUCACCCGUGCAAAGCGAUCAACACCAGCCAUCCGGACAUCUGCACGCCGUACACGACGAUCAAAUCGAUCCGAGACGACGGACUGUGUACACUGUAUACAAAGGCCGAGCAGCAGGCAUGGGAGCAAGAGGGAAAAAAGAAGAAUGUAACCACGGAAAAAGUCAUCUGCUGCAUGACGUGCUGCAGCAAGAAAAAGAAGAACAAGUCGACCUCGUCGAAAAAGCCGGACAACAAGGCAUCCAGAAAGUCUUCCAAAUCGUCCAAGUCGUCCAAGUCGAGUCACACCGGAAGUGAGAAUCCGAAGGUGUCGAAGAAGCCGAAGCCCCCACCCGUCAACCCGAACGAGGCGCACGACAACAUGUUCCAACAGACAAAGCAAUUCCCCGAGGAAGACGACAAUGGUGGCGGCGAUCCGAUGAUGCGCGUC